UCUCCGUAAUCUCUGAUGAAAAUUGCAACAUAAAUAUUACAUAGCCACUCAGUACUGAUCUCUGAAAGAAAAUGUCAAGUUCGAAGCGUAUAUUCCACAAAAUACAGGAAUUAAACAAAUGUAACGUUGAUACUCGGUACAUUAUCAAUCGGAAUCCUCGCAAUCUGGAACGAUUACGUAUUGCAUACAGGGCUGAUGGAUACCAUCUUGAAAAACCGGGACGAAGUUAUUGGCACAAGCUAGAAAUAAUUCCAAGCAACAAGUAUGUGACUGCGAAGCUAAAUCAUUUCCAGAACGGCACCGUGGUAGAAAGCAGUACUUCCGAAUGGGCUAUUAAGCAACAUUUAUUCAAGGGAAAUGAUACUUCAGCGUACAUUAAUCUAGCAAGGAUUUUUGCGUCUCGCUGUAUGGAAGCUGGGUUAACAGAGAUGCGAUGCGACUUGCAACCUAAACCGGAUGGAAAAGUGGACAAGUUUCUCAAAGUUCUUAUUGAAUGCGGAAUUAAGCUUGAAGAACCUGACCGAAUUAAGCCUGUUCAGCCAUGGGACAUGAAACGGCCGGAGAAACCGUGGGAGGUUGCGGAAUAGAAAUAUUAACUUGAGUUUUCUCUACAAUUUAUUAGUCAUCCAGAUUAUUAAAUAAUAAAUUUUA